UUGGUCAUCCCCACAGUCCGAUAUUGACAGACUUACUAUUGUGAAUGUAACAUCGUACUCGUUUGGCUCGAGUCCUACUUUGUUGUUUUGUAUGCAGUACUUCUUAUUUUACUCUUAGGAGCAUGUUGACACUGCAGUGACAUAUGCAAACGGGUGACUGAAAACAUGAGUCGCUUUCUGAACGUCCUGCGGAGCUGGUUGUUGAUGGUGUCCGUCAUCGCGAUGGGAAACACCGUGCAGAGUUUCAGAGAUCACAGCUUUUUGUCAGAGAAGCUCUACACGGGCACGCCAGAGUUUGUAAAUGGCCUCCAAGCUCGAACAUUUGGUAUUUGGACGUUGCUGUCGUCGAUCAUUCGCUGUGCCUGUGCCAUUGAUAUCCAGAACAAAACGCUGUAUCACAUCACCCUAUGGACAUUUGUGCUGGCGCUGGGCCACUUCCUGUCUGAAGCUUUCAUCUACAAAACUGCCCCUCUGACCAUCGGGGUCAUGGCACCUCUCAUUGUGGCAAGUUUCUCUAUCCUAGGAAUGCUGAUUGGAUUCCAGUGUAUUCCAGAGUCACAGGAGGAAGUCGGAGCACGACAGAAGAAGCGCAACUAAUUUUGCCGCACCCCAUCAAACGCACCUUCACAGUGACCAUCAGACACUUGUGACUGGUCACAGGGUGCUGCUUUUUGCCUUGAAGAACAUGAGAUUCAGAUUUAACUUCCUUACUAUAGCCUAUGUACAUCUCCAUCUGUUCCCGAUGUUGCCCUGGUUUUUUUACUUUCAACUUGACAAUUGUGAUAAAUGUUUCCUUGUUGAAUUACAAUCAUCCUUUUUGCGUCUGUGCUCAUAAGUAAAGGGAGUUUUUGGUUUUUGUAUGUUUGCUUGGUUUUAAAGUUUUGCAGUUGUGGCUACAGCUGUGGUGUUGCCGAGUGAAAUGAUUCAAGCAGAGAUUUCUUUGAGAAUGUUGAUGUUGUUCAAUGUUGUUUUAUUUCACCAGACCACCGCUUCCUGUCCUUUUUUAAUUCAUGAUUUACCAAAGACCUCAGAUGUACAGUAUAAAACUAUGCUCUUCAUUACAAAGUAUCACAAACAAGUAUAUCAGAAAUGAUUCUCGCUGUUGAUUCUGUGCUGUGAAAAGUUUGUACACCCUUUAAAUUUAAGCACAGUGAUUAUCCUAUAAAACAUUUUAAAAAAUGAAAUGA